AUGGCUGGCCAUCAAAGCUUUCCUCGUGGCGAUUUGGUCGACGUCUCCGCUUUCGACAAUUCUGAAGAUAGCGACAUCAUCAUCAAAUUUGGCGAUCACCGAGUCUUUGCACACAGAAUCAUUCUUAGAAUUUCGUCACCAUACUUCAAACGCACGCUGAGCUCGCUCUUCUCGAUUGCAAAGGCCGAUGUCUACCCUCUUGAUGGCGAUGACGACCCCGAAGAUGUUCUCGCCAUGCUCAGACACAUGUACGGCAUGAGAUACAACCAACAUCCUCAAAACAGAAGUAUCUUCCCUAACGCCGUCGAAGCACUGAAAGGCUACAUCCGCACCUAUCACGUCGCAGACAAAUACGACUGCCCAUCCCUACGCAACUCCAUCUGCAGCCUCACGCGCUCAAGGCUACACAGGAUGGUAUCUGGAAACGAACUUGCCUGGCAAGAGGUCAAGUUUUUUGACCUGAUGGCUGAUCUAGAGUUGAGACAUGUGUUUGUGGAUUGGUUGGCUGAUACCUUCUACACUUGCAUGCAACUCCAGUCUCCCAAAAUGCUGAUUAAGAAUGGCAUGUUUUUGGAUGUUCAGUGCUCUACCAGAUUGUUGCUCAAGUUGGGCGAAAAGAGCAUCAGUGGACCAUCGUGGUAGGAGACUUGGACUUGGACACUUGGUGUGGCAGCCGCACUGCAUGCUUACCUGUCUACCUAGACGCAUGGUGUCUCCAAUUCCUUCCAUGUAUCAUCAUCAUGGCUCGAAACCGGGUCUCAGGCAUAUACAUAUGGAUGGGGGGAGUCUGAACAAGCAAAACCAGGUUUCAGAGAUAGCUGGAAGGGGGCAUAAAACGCAAAAUCAGACAUUCCUUGCUCUUUAGUAUACUCGCCAUCCUCGCGGUCGUGGACUCCGUAAAGUAUCAGCAGCUGAUUUACUAGACUGUAAGAGGGAGUUUGGUGGAUCACACGCUUUCCACCUGUACCAACUGUGGGAAUUUGGUCGACUUGCUCGCCCUUCAGCCAGGAAGCAGUCGUUCAUUCAGUGUUCGGACAUAUUCAUCGAGGGCGAAUGGGGACAAGAAUUGACCGCCGCUUUCUUGGCUGGUCUUGUCAGCAGGUUUGACAUCAUCCUUUCCAG